AUGGUCAACGGCGCUGCGGCGGUGCUGGAGCCUACCUUCACCGGGUACGUUGCCACAACCCAAGAUGCGCUGCUCCUUUUCGAGGCCUGCUUGACCGGGGUGCUACAUCAUGUUCCCCGCCGGCCGCACGAUCGCGAGCGCAGCCAGUUGGUGCGCAGCGGCAGCGUUUUUAUCUACGAAGAGAACUCCUCCGGCAUCAAGCGAUGGACCGACGGAGUGACCUGGAGUCCCAGUCGCAUCCUGGGCAACUUCCUAGUCUACCGGGAGUUGGACAAACCAUUCCCGCCCGGUGAGAAGAAGCGCGCGAUGAAAAAAGGCAACCGACGCCCCACGCCCGCAACCCGGCCGGGGGAGCCGUACCCGCGACACGACAGCAACGGCCCGAGUUAUUCACCUACUUCUCCACAGGGCUCGUUCGGAGACCGGCCCCAUCAGUCAGAGGUGGAGCGGGCAUUGGUCGGGUCGCUGGUCGAUUCGUACGGGUUCAAGGACUCGGGUUUGGUCAAGAAGACGAUGAGCGUGACGGUCUCGGGGGUGACACACCACCUGGUGUCGUACUACAGCGUGGACGAUGUGAUGCGCGGAGCGCUGAACCCACCCUCGAUGGUGGACUCGCUGCGCUACCUGCGACCGCGCCCCGAACUUACCCAGAAACAGAGCUUCCGUGCCCCGAUCGACGAUCUGGAGACCGGCGCCAUCGAGAACCCGCACGACCCAUCCCACACCCUCUACGGCUAUCGCCCACAGAUGAUGGCCCCACCAGGGUACGGGAUGCCAAACCCAUCGACCGACUUCUACAUGCAUGCCAGCCCUUACGCCGCCACACACCCUCCACAGACAGGACCCGGCCCGAUCCCAGCAUACUCGAUGGCAUCAUCUUUGCCGGGACAGCCCGCGCCAAACCCUUACCUGCCAGCCCCCGGCUCGGCGACCAUGCAGCCCAAGCCGGAAGAUUACCAUGCCUUCCGCGCGGGGCCAUACGGCGGCAGUAUGGAUUCGGCGAUGAGCCACGGAUCUAUUUCCUCCAUCCCGGGCGCGCUCAACCCGGCCAUGUCCGGGUCGCUGGGUGAGCGCAACCGAUCGACCUCCGACCACAGCCAAUCAGCCUACCGCAACUCAUCCAUCUCGUCGCGCAGCGCCGUCACUGAUGCCACGUCCCCGUUGGACCCCUCGACACCGGCUACCUACUCGCGCAGCAGCUUUAGCCUGUCCGGCCAACUCGACACGACUCCGAGCGCGUCCAUCGACACACCCCGUGGCCUUGGCCUUGAUCCUAGCGUGCCGCGCCGAGAAUCACAUCCGGUUCAACCGGGAUACUAUGCUGGUGCCGACCGCCCUCAAUACUACAUGGGCGGCCCAGGUCCGAUGAACAAUCAUCCUGCGCAUUACGCAACCGCACAGCCGCUCUCGACAUGGACAACGACUGCCCCCGCGCAGCCCCAAAUAUGA